UAUAUAUUUUGCUAUUUCUAAUUCUAUUUUUGGUUCAGUAUCAUGUAUAUCAAACAUUGAGUCAACAAUGAAAUCAUUAUCAAAAUUUUUCUAUUUUUUAUCAUCAUAACAAUUUUCGUGUUUUAAAGUGUUUUGCAGUUGUUUAAAGUGUUUUGCAGUUGAAAACUUUGAAAGAUCUAUUUUUUCUAUAAAAAUAUAGUCUGAAAGGUUAAAAACAAGUCUAAAUGGAGAAAAAUGAAAUUUAUGGAAAAUUAACGGCUUUGAACGAAGAUGAAAAAAUAGAUCUUUCAAAGUUUUCAACUGCAAAACACUUUUUGCAAAAGUUAAAAACUACUUUUUUCUUACUCAGGUCAUCGCGCUCUAUUCAACCAUGUAUGACUUGACUAGGAAAAAAUUCAGCCUGAAGUUUGAGUUGCGUGCAUCUUACAGUUUAACCUAUUUAUUGUGUAUUGUCAACGAUAUUCGUAGCAGAAUAACGUUUAAAUUAUGUGACGGUAAAUUUAUUGUUAAAGAAGGUUUCAAAAGUAGUUAUAAUUAUUUGAUUCAAUUAUUUAAAAAGAAAUGUGAUGAACAUGGUAAAGCAACACAUUCAAAAGACAACGUUUACAAAUUCAGACAACACUACCAUCGGAUAAUGCAGAAUCCAUCUCAUUAUCAUCCAUUAUCACCACAUCUUCAAAUAUCUCAACAAAUUUAGCAUCUCCAACUGAAACACAACAUUGUAAAUAUAUAAAAAUGACAAUUGAUGAAUGGUAUGAUAAAAAUAAACAGAGUCUGUCAUUAGAUAAUUCAAAAUUAGAUGAACCCGAUAAUUACAAAUUAGUGAUACCUAAUAUCAAUGGUACAUUAGAUGCAUCUAUAACGUGUCAGUAUGGUUCAUUAAUAAAACUUUUUCGUAAUCGUACGUAUUUUCAAUUAUCUAAUUUUUAUAAUCAUUUAAAAAGUGAUAAAUGUACAAUAAUUAAAUCAAAACAACAACAAAAAUUAAGCGAUGAUAAUAAUAAUAAUAAUCAAAAUGAUACAAAUGAUAAUGAACAACAACAACAAUCACCAGCAACAAAUACUAAUGAUAAACAAAAUGAUGAUACAAUUACUUCGGAUGAGCAGGAAAAUAAUAAUGAUAAUGACAGCGAUACUGAAAUAAAAUGUCAUUCCUUAUCAACAGUACAUGAUGACGUUCUGUUAUAUUCCAAUGAAAAAUUUUACAAUUUAGUCAAUGAAACAGCUGGAGAAAAUGUGCUUUCAAUAUUAAAAAUUCAAUUAAUACAUUCUGUUCAAUCUUUAUUGCGUACGAAUAAUGUAUUAGAAUUAUUUAACUACGGUUGUUCCGAUUUAAUUGAAAUAAAGAAAAAAUCAUGUUUUAUGUUAUCAGAUGGGGCGUACAUCAUCAAAUGUGGAAUUAUUAAUGGACUAAACUAUCUUACAAAUAUAUUAAAAUUAAAAGAUGAACAACGAGCGAAACUGAAUGAAAGUCUGUCAUCAUCAAACGAAUUAAUAAUUAAACAUCCAUUAUUGAAAGCAUUAAUUUCCUAUUAUAAAACUAGUACUAUCUCCCUGAAUAAGCAUCAAGAAGGAUUUUUAACAACAUUAAUAAAUAAUAUAACAUCGAAU